AAAUAUCAAAUAAAUAUUUUACUCUUCGUAACUUAAACAUGGGUCAUGCUAUGUCGGCUGCGUUAACAGGACACCCGAUUUCAUCCAGUGUAUUCUGAUCCAGAACACUAGAUGGCACUAAAGAUUUUUUUAGGCGUAGCAAGAACGUAAAUGAGAAGGAAAAAAAAAGAGGAGAACCAUAGCAACUGUUAAACAAACAUGGCGACCAGAGAAACUGCUCCCUGGUUUUUAUUAAUAUGUGCGUUAUUGUCUUUCAGUAUUGUGAAUGCGGAUGGAAACCAAACAGACCCGAAUUUCAAUGUAACGUCCGGUGACCAGAAUGUCACAGAUAACUUUACGGACACUAAUACAGCGACACCCGACUAUACAGUACCGACUACAAUUGCAGGAAAUUCUGAGGAGCCCGUCCAACCAACGGCAGGAGACUUACCGCUCCCUGUGUCCGGUCAACUCCUCACACCUGUGACUGACGUUGGCAGGUUGUGUCCCUGUGAUGUGCAAGGCAGUGCGUGUGACAUAAACUGCUGCUGUGAUGAGGACUGUGGAGAGGAAGUGGCUUUGUUCACCAGCUGCACAGUGCAAACCGUCAGUGGAAACAAGCAGCUGUGCAGCUCCGCUGUCGCAUCUUAUUCUUUGGCCACAACCGUAGAUGGACACUCAGAGGUACAGUCGUCUGUCAGGAAGGAGACCAGUAACAAUGUGUUCUGCAUUCAGUCCCAAAACCGUUUCGAUGGAUUGUCUCACCCCUCACCAGCUCUUCCAACUGACAGCAACUUUGAUUCACUAUUUCAAAAAUUUACUAGCUUUGCUUUUGGCUCAGAGGUAAACAGUGGCCAAAUGGCUACUGAUAUGCUACAUGAAUCAAACGGAUACCAGUUUGGCGAUCAAAUGGAGACAGCAGGGCAAAGUGGAGAACGAAAGAUGUUCACGCUGCCAGCUCCCGGUGUCACGACUGAAUGUGUAGAAGCCAGUCCUGCAGCUUUUUUAAAAGACGAGAGGCGAGUGUGUUCCAGGCGUGUGGUCAUGGAGCAAGACUGCGAGUCCAUGGCUGCCCUUAACAUGGACACGUACAGUAACAUCCAGCUGUUUUCUGGUAAAAAUAAAGACGCAGCAGUGGUUCCAGCGGUACGAGCUGCAGUCAUAGUUGAGUCCGUUAGUGGGACUCAGACUGAGUCGGAAAUGAGUCAAGGAGAAAGUCUGAGUCCGGUUCUCUUGAACGCAGACACGUGUGCAAACGUGGUGCUGAAGGCUGAGUAUUUGAUCAAAUACAGUUCAGCCGGUGAGAUAAGGAGCGUCGCCGUGUCUUUAGUGCUGGGAUUUGUCCAAGAGUCGUCACUGCCCCUGAAACAGGAGUUUCAUAUUUCUUAUAUCCAGCAGGACGUGUUGCCAGAUGUUGUCCGGUUCAGUGGAAAUCCAGGUUAUGUGGUUGGACUGCCCCUUGUGUCUGGAUCGAAAACAUCAGAUGGAAUUGUCAGAAGCGUGAACCCUAGAGAAACGCUGUCUCUUCUGGCCACCGCCGAGGACCAGGACUGCCUGAGAGGACCGCAUCGACGUUCCCCCAUCCUGUUCGGUCAAGAUGCUGUGUCCGGCUGUGUAUUAAGACUUGCGGAUGUGUCAAACUGCUCACUGGUCUCCCAGCAGCUCCUGGAUAUAUUAAGAGGUCCAAACUACCCGGAAUAUCUGGCUUCCUUUGGAAACUCACCUCAGAACAAUCCACUGGACUGGGUGCAACUGAAAAAUGGUUUCAGUCCUGGGGAUGCACAGAGCUGUACGAUCCCCAUGUCACUUCAUUUCGAAAUUGAAUGGAUCAAAUACGGAUCCCUGGUGAACCCCCAAUCUCAGAUUGUGAGCGUCAGAGAAAUCAUACAAGGCAACACGAGCAGCUUGGUGAGACUCAGCUUUAUUGCAAACGAGAAAUGAGUAAUAAAAAUAGAGGCGUAAAUCUCGUGUUUUUUUGUAUACUAUUCAACUCUCUUAUUGCUUGUCCGUCCCCCCCCGCAGACUCUGAUAUCAGGCGGAAGCGGCACCUUGUCAAUCACAACCUCGGUGACCUUCGUUCAUGUGUCGGCCAAUGCCGUUCCCGGUUACAGAGCCACGCCCACCUUCAAUGCCAAACUGCCGUUUGACUUUUUCUUCCCUUUCGUCUGAAUUCGUCAGUGAACUGCAACACGUGACAACGCGUCUUUGUGUAAACGUUAACAAUGUACAUAUGAUAUUAGAUUCUUUAAUGUAUUUUGAAUAAAUUAAUACACUUUUUAAGGUACUCCUGCUGGUCUGCUGCUCCUGAUUGGUCCAUGUUUCUUUCUUAAGCUGUUCACAGCCUUUCGUUCUCUCCUCUGUGUGAUUGUCAGUCACCAGCAAAACAGACAUGAGUUCCUGUUCGUUGUGUAAAGAAGGUUUUAGAUUGAGCAGUCCUACAGUUGUGACAUACAGUUUUUGACUUUUUGACCCACGGGCCACAAUUGUCCUAACAAUUGAACAGGGCGGCCGGGGUCACUAAGAUAAAUGACAUGUCUUGCAUAAAUGCUCAAAUGCUUCUAUCAUUUUUUUUUGCCAUCUAUUGGGGAAAUGUGGGUAUUGCAGGGAAAACGAAAAGUAUAAUGAUAAUAUAAAUAAAUUAUAUAAUUU